AUGGAAGGAAGCGCAACAACAUCCUGUUCAUUUGAGCCAUUUGGUAGUGAUUGUUGCGCGGCAAGAGCAGCAAUGUCUACAUCCUCAAUGAUAUCUGGUGGUGGUAGCGCCAAAUCGGCUGGAUGUCGCUCAAUUGUUAUUGCUCCUCCUAUAGUACCCUCACAGUACAAUGCAAAAAAUGCUGGUAGAAAGAAGACAAAUCCGGUUUGGAACUUUUUCGUGGACCUGAAAACGAAAGGACUGAGUGGUGUACGAUGUCGUUAUUGCGAAUGGAUAACAAAUGACCGCAGUCCAACAACGCUGAAGUUUCACUUAAAACGUAAGCACGACACAGGCAUUGGUGGUAUUUGGAACAUUGUGGAAGAACGAAUUGGUAUCAACCAACCGCAGGGUCGUAGUCGUCUUGUUGUUAAUAAUAGAAAUGGUGAAACAGCUGCUUUCAUGAUUCCUGUGGAUACCGAAAUGAGACCAGAACUGGAUAGAGAACAGCAGUGUUAUCCUGAGGCAGGUGCUCGUGUUGUUGUGGACACAAAGCCAAGUUCAUCGCAGCAGGCGUUGUUGGAUCAGUUCAUACAGAAUGCUACAAAAAACGCGAAAUUAAAUGGCACUCUUGCUGGAAUAACUGCAACAACAUCUGUUUAUACAAGGCCACCAUCACAGCUGCAACCUUCCACUAACAUCGGAAAUAUCGCUUGUGGACAGGAUAAUAUUUUCGACACGAAAGAAUUGAUCGACGAUAACCUAAUACCAGCAAGAGCUGUGAAGAUUUUGCCUCCCAAGGUGGAAUGUGAUGAUGGUGAAGAUGCGGGUGAAGGCAAUGAACCAUUAUAUGUGCUGAAUGAUGGGAGCAAUUUAUCUGAAUUGUUGCAUGUCGCCAACGAUAUGGAUUUGGCCUUUACCUACAAUUCGAGGCGAACUGGGGAAUUUUGCUUUGAAUCGAAUGCACAAGAUAUGAGGGGUCGUUUGGUUGUAUUUGCGGAUCUCGGAACCAAAGUUGCUGUACGUGAACGUUUCAAUGGCAGUGAUCUGAGCUAUGAAGAAUGGAGCAAAGCCGAUUGGAAACAAUUCUUAUGGGCAGUACGUGGUAAAUGCAUGAAUGUUCUUCGGGGACUUUAG